ACGAUGAUGAAAGGAAACAAUCAAAAUCGUCAAAUGAGUGGGUCAAAAAGGAAUUUCAUAACCAAACGCCUUCUCUCACCGCCCUCAAGCUCACCUCCCCCAUCGCAGGAUUUUGUUGCUUUUUAUGCCAGGAUGUCAGUUACGGAAAAAGUCCCAAGUGGACACCAUAUCCUUGUCUUUGAUAAUGUGGUCACAAAUAUUGGACAUGGUUACAAUGGAGUUGACGGCAUUUUUACUGCCCCAAAAGAUGGAGUUUAUGUUUUUAUUUGGGUUAUACGAUUAUAUGAAGCUCAGCAUUCCACGCAGCUCAUGAUCAACAAUGUUGAGUAUGGAUCAACUCACCUUCGCGCUAUGAAUAAUGAUGAUGGAUCUGUGAGUGGAAACGUUGUCGCGCAUGUCAACAAAGGAGAUGUAGUGUUUGUCCGUGUGUACCCUUAUAGCGGAUACAUUGGAAGCGGAAAUAUCAUCAGCAAUGAACAUGGAAAACCGUCGUUUUCCGGGUGGUUUCUGCAAUAGACUCUGAUUGGUUUUUGAACACAUCUGAUAAAUACACAAUUGUAAUAUAUUCAGUCUCAAAUUUUGACUGUGUUUAGGUCACCUUUAAUUUUCUCUGUAAUUUUGUGAUAUUUGUUAAUUCACCUAAGCUGAAGGUUCAGGUAUGCUUUUCUGAUCCAAAUUUGU